UGAGAGUGUUCUGGUCUGGGGGGUGGGGAGGAGACACUGCUGCAGGCAAAAGCUUCCUGGAAUCCAGCUGGCUGGGGGAGGAUGAUUUCCUUGUAACUGGAUCUCGAGGCAACCUCCCACUGAUUGAGUUCCUGGUCCUCAGGGGUUCACCCUCCAGUCCCUCUGUCCCAGGAUGUUGCAGGUGAGCCUGUCCUGGCUGGGACUGGGGCAGCUUGCAGCCUCCCCAUGGGUGCUCCUGCUGCUGGCUGGCGCCACCUGGCUCCUGGCCCGGGUCCUGACCUGGAGCUACAGCUUCUAUGACAACUGCUGCCGCCUCCGGUGUUUCCCACAGCCUCCGAAGCGCAACUGGUUUUGGGGUCACCUGGGCCUGGUGAAGAGCAAUGAGGAAGGCUUGAGGAUGAUAGAGGAUCUGGGCCACUACUUCCGUGAUGUUCAUCUCUGGUGGAUAGGGCCUUUCUACCCUGUACUGCGGCUCGUCCAUCCUAAGUUUGUUGCCCCCUUGCUCCAGGCCCCAGCCACCAUCGUACCCAAGGACAUGUUUUUCUACAACUUCCUGAAGCCCUGGCUGGGGGAUGGGCUCCUGCUGAGUGCUGGUGACAAGUGGAGCCACCACCGCCGCUUGCUGACACCUGCCUUCCACUUUGAAAUCCUGAAAUCUUAUGUGAAGAUUUUCAACAGAAGUGCAGACAUCAUGCAUGCCAAGUGGAAGCGCCUGGUGUCAGAAGGCAGCACCCAUCUAGACAUGUUUGAGCACAUCAGCCUCAUGACCCUGGACAGUCUGCAGAAAUGUGUCUUCAGUUUUGACAGCAAUUGCCAGGAGAGUCCCAGUGAAUAUAUUGCUGCCAUCUUGGAGCUCAGUGCCCUUGUGGUGAAACGGAAUGAGCAGGUCCUCCUGUACUUGGACUUCCUGUACAAUCUCAGCCCUGAUGGGCGGCGCUUCCGCAGGGCCUGCGAACUGGUGCACAACUUCACAGAUGCUAUCAUCCAGGAGCGGCGCCAUACCCUCAUUAGCAGAGGCUCCUGUGACUUCCUUAAGUCCAAAACUAUGGACUUCAUUGAUGUCCUCCUGCUGGCCAAGGAUGAAGCGGGAAAACAAUUGUCAGAUGAGGAUAUUCGAGCUGAAGCUGACACCUUCAUGUUUGAGGGCCAUGACACCACAGCCAGUGGCCUCUCCUGGGUCCUGUUCAACCUUGCAAAACACCCAGAAUACCAGGAGCGCUGCCGGCAGGAGGUGCAAGAGCUCCUGAGGGACCGUGAGCCUCAAGAGAUUGAAUGGGACGACCUGGCCCAGUUGCCCUUCCUGACCAUGUGCAUCAAGGAGAGUCUGCGGCUGCACCCACCUGUCACAGUCAUUGCCCGCCGAUGUACCCAGGACAUCGUGCUCCCCGAUGGCCGGGUUAUCCCCAAAGGGAACAACUGUGUCCUCAGCAUAUUUGGGAUUCAUCACAACCCAUCAGUCUGGCCGGAACCUGAGGUAUACAAUCCCUUGCGCUUUGACCCAGAAAACAUCAAGGAGAGGUCUCCCCUGGCUUUUAUUCCCUUCUCUGCUGGGCCCAGGAACUGCAUCGGGCAGGCGUUCGCCAUGAGCGAGAUGAAGGUGGUGCUGGCGCUCACGCUGCUGCGCUUCAGGGUCCUGCCCCACGAGGAGGAGCCGCGCAGGAAGCCGGAGCUCAUCCUGCGCGCCGAGGGCGGACUUUGGCUGCGCGUGGAGCCGCUGAGCGCGCGACCCCAGUGACCCGCCAGCUCCCGGCUGGGCCCAGCCCGACCCGCGCGCCUCGCUUUGCAGGUUCCCGGGAAGAGAAGCGCGUGGUCUCCCCCGCGCGAGCCCCACGGAGAGCCAGCAGGGGGCGCGUGGGCCCCGCGGGAAGGCCGGGGGUGGGGGUGGGGGGCGAGGCGGGGUGGAGGGGAGGCUGGGUCUGGGCCGGGCCCUGACAGCCCUUCCCGCUCAUCCCAGAUCCCCGUCCUGAUGGCAGGUUCUCUCAGAGCCCAUUAAGGGAGUCUGUCCCGUAGGCAUAGGGAGCCAUGGGAGGUGUUUUUUUAACAGGAGAGGGACCAGCGUUAAGGACUGAGUUAAAGGGCAGCGCCGGUGGCUCAGCGGUUUAGCGCCGCCUUCAGCCCAGGGCCUGAUCCUGGAGACCCAGGAUCGAGUCCCACGUCGGGCUCCCUGCAUGGAGUCUGCUUCUCCCUCUGCCUGUGUCUUUGCCUCUCUCUC